AUGGUGGCUUUCCUCGUCCCCUCCUUCUCCUUUGGAGAGAACGACCUCUUCCGCCAGGUGGUCUUUGAGGAGGGCAGCUGGAUGAGGAGCAUCCAGCGGCGCUUCCAGAAGAUGAUGGGCUUCGCUCCCUGCCUGUUCUACGGCCGCGGCCUCACCUCCUGCCGCUCCCGCGGCUUCCUGCCCUACGCCAGACCCAUCACCACCGUGGUGGGGGAGCCGCUGGCGGUGCCCAAGGUGGAGAACCCGAGCCGGGAGCUGGUGGAUCGGUACCACGAGCUCUACAUCCACGCCCUGCUCAAGCUCUUCAACGAGAACAAGACCAAGUACGGGCUGUCCGAGUCAGACGAGCUGCACAUCCUCUGAUCGCCACCAGCACCGGCCCCGUCCUGGCUCAUGAGGGCUCUUGCAGGGGGAAUUUCAGCCAGCCUGGCAUGGGGGACAUGCGGGGGACAGUCCCUGCUCUGGCCUGCUGGUCCUCCAGCCUG